AAGAGAGGUUAUGUGUGUUAUGAUGAACCUCCAGGGUUACAGUGUUUUCCUAAACAUUUACUAGGAUAAUAAAUACAGUAAAAAGAUGUUAUUUCCGUCAAUGAGCCUAAUAAAAUUGACUCGAAUAGUGCUAUCGAAUCAUAGUGUUGGAAAUUCAUCGGUCAGAAUCCUAUGCCAUCAAUGUUCCUCAACAUUUCCACUCUUAUCCCGGAUCUCAAGAACCGGCUGCAAGUCCCUCAUCAUUGCCCGACAAUGCGCUACAAAGGCUCCUGGGAAACAAGCAAAGUUCAAAACAUCUGACCUGAUGAGACUAUUUAGGUUGGCUUCGAAGGAGAAAUGGAUAAUUGCUGCUGGAAUUGGUUGCCUCAUCGUCUCAUCGAGUAUUACAAUGGCUGUUCCCUAUGGUUUAGGGAAAAUUUUGGACACCAUUUACUCAGAUGAAUCAAAAGAAGUGGCAAAGGAGCGCCUGAAGAAGUUCUGCUUGAUACUUGCGGGAAUCUUUAUUAUUGGCGGGAUUUCCAAUUUCGGAAGAGUGUACUUAUUCAACGGUGCCUCUCUUCGUAUCGUUCAAGACGUCCGAUUGCGACUAUAUAGAUCGAUGCUGAGUCAGGAGGCGGGCUGGUUUGAUCAAAGAGGCACUGGAGAGCUCGUGAACCGUCUGUCGCAGGACUCAUAUCUUGUGGGAAACUCGCUGAGUCAGAAUAUGUCUGAUGGAUUGCGAUCCACCGUGAUGGUGAUCGCCGGUGUCGGCAUGAUGAUCAAUACUUCGCCUCAUCUUGCGCUUGUGGGAAUGUGUGUUGUUCCUGCUGUGGCAGGAAUGGCUGUGGUGUAUGGCAGAUACGUGAGGAACAUCACGAAGAGUCUCCUGGAUCAAUAUGCUGGAAUAAUGAAGACAGGAGAGGAGCGCUUGGGUAAUAUUAAGACUGUGAAGAUGUUCUGUCGAGAGGAACAAGAGAGUCAACUCUUCCUCAGUCAACUGUAUGACGCUCUACUGUUGGGUUAUAAGGAGGUUCGUGCUAGAGCGAUUUUUUAUGGAUUGACUGGCCUGUCUGGUAACAUUCUGAUCAUGUCGGUGCUCUUUUACGGUGGCAACAUGGUGGCCAAUGAGGAGCUUACCGUAGGCGCUCUAACAUCUUUCAUCCUCUAUGCUGGCUACUCGGCAAUCUCUAUCAACGGGCUUAGCAAUUUCUAUACAGAACUUAACAAGGGAUUGGGAGCUGCUCAGAGAAUUUGGGAAAUCUAUGACAGGAAUCCUCUAAUCCCUGUGACUUUACACGAAGGAAGAAAGUUGCCAUCUCUGGGUACUAUAACAUUUGAGAACGUGGCCUUCUACUAUCCGUCACGACCUGGAAAUGUCGUUUUGGAGGAUCUAAAUAUGAUAAUUGAGCCGGGAACAACCACAGCUGUUGUUGGAAAGAGUGGUUCAGGAAAAUCCACUAUAGGUAUUCUAUUGCUCCGCCUUUACGAUCCAACCAAGGGGCAGUUGACUCUGAAUGGGGUGAACAUUAAGGAGUUGGAUCCUCUCUGGUUGCGCUCAAAUAUUGGAGCUGUUAACCAAGAACCUGUUCUCUUCAGUGGCACCAUUCGGGAGAACAUCCUCUACGGUGUGAAUGUUGGCACAAGAAUUUCUGAGGAGGAAUUUCAAAGGAUUGUCAGAGAAGCCCAUGUGGAUGAGUUCGUGCGAAGUCUCCCUCAGGGUCUGGACACGGUUGUGGGACAGCGUGGGAUGAUGCUAAGUGGAGGCCAAAAGCAGAGAGUUGCGAUAGCUAGAGCUUUGAUCAAAAAUCCAGCUAUUCUUCUACUUGAUGAAGCUACAAGUGCCCUAGAUGCUGGCUCAGAGGAGCACGUACAGGUAGCCUUGGAGUCCCUGACAAAGGGACGCACUGUUUUGACGAUAGCUCAUCGUCUGAGCACGAUCAGGAAUGCUCAGAAAAUCGUGGUGUUGGAUGCAGGUAGAAUCGCCGAGGAGGGUACCUAUGAGGAACUCUCAACGCGUGAAGAGGGCUUGUUCAAGGAUUUGGUGAAAAGACAAACGUUUCAAGCGCAAUAACAGCUGCCAAGGGACCAAUAGGUGUUUUUUGAUAGUGUAAUUUAUUUUCCAAUAAAUAGAACUUUUUGA